AUGGAACAGCCAAUUGGAAAUGAAGGGGAUUCUGAAUCACUAGCUAAGUACAGAAAGUACGAAGUUCAUGAAGGUAUUAUAUUUUGUAUCGAGCUUUCAAGGGCAAUGUUCGAAAAACCGGCAGAAUUGAACAACAUUCAACUUAUCGAGAUCUUAGAGACGCUUCUGGAGCUUAUGUCGCAGGUAAUCAUAACGCUGCCUGGAACAGGUUUAGGGUGCUUUUUCUACCAUUGCAAUCAUGAAAGUGCUCGAGGAAGUAUCUACGAAUUUCUGCCUCUGUUGGACGUCAGUGUAAGAUCGAUGAAGAAACUUAACGAUAAGAUUGAAGACAUCAAAAAAGGAAUCACAACGGUGGAAAAAGAGUUCCCGUUUGACGAACGGCGUGUCGCUUCUUUGGAAACCGUUUUCGUGUUGCUCCAAGAACAAUUCCUUCAACACAUACCAGGCCAAAAAGCCUACAAUAACAGAAAGAUAUUUUUAUUCACCGAUAACGAUAAACCGAAGGAGGCUAGCGAUUCCAACGCUCGUCAGCGUCUCCGGAAGGUGAUCGACGAUCUAGACGAUUCUUAUAUCAACUUCACCACUUUUUUCAUAGGAACCGACGACAAACCCUUUGACGAGAAGUUUUAUAGUGAUGUGCUCAAGUUCGGGUCCAAGAAAAAAGUCUUGGACUCGGGGUACGAGUUUGAAGGUCCUAGCACAGCUCCAAUAUCUGCCAAUUUGAUCAAAGCGCGCGCUUUACGGAAAAAGGAGAUCAAACGUAUUCGCUUCCAAUGUCCAUUGAUUCUCGACGAGGCAAAAGAUUUCGUAGUUUCCAUCAAGGGCUACACCGUCAUAUCUCAUGAGCGGACAGGGACCAAGUACAGACAGGUUUAUGACCAUAAUGGCAUUCGUAAAGAAGUGCGGUCGCGCCGCAAAUAUUUGAAUGCCAACACAGGAGAAGACGUCACUGAUUCAACUGCAAAAGUAUACAAGUUUGCAGAAAUUGACAUCGAGCUUUCUAACGAUGAGCUUGCUCAAAUCAACAAGGAUUUCUCGGAACAGGAAUCCUUUUUGAAACUGAUAGGAUUCAAGAGCUCUUCCGAAUGCCUAUCUUUCUACAACAACAUUGCCAGCAGUGUUUUUGUAGUUCCAGAUGAAUCUAAAUACGAGGGCUCGCUCAGAACUCUAGCCUCUCUCCACAGAACUCUUUCGAGAAAACUACGAUGCGCCAUCGUAUGGGGUAAACUCAAACAUAAUUCUCAUCCAUCUAUUUACGUUUUGAGCCCUUCCACUUCUCGAGACCAAAAUGAAGGAUUCUAUCUCACCAGAAUACCAUUCGCGGAUGAGACAAGGAAAUUGCCGACGCUACCAAAGUAUGAAGAUAUUGAUAGCGGUAAAAACUACACACAGAUGUACAAGAUUUCGGACACUUUGAUCAGUUACUUUAGCCUCCGCCGUCCGUACAGGCCUUCGGAAUUUCGCAACCCAACUCUACACAAACAUUUUCGCUUGUUGCAUGACCAUCUUUUGCAGAUUGAGGUCCGUAGAGACUCUGACGAUCAGCAACGGUUAGUGGAAGAGGAUGAUACUCUUCUAAAACUGCAGCAAGUGCGAGACAAAAUAUUAGAGUCUAUGAGCUCAUCAGAUCCCGAAAAGGCAAGACUGAGCAACUAUGUCAAAGCGUGGCAUAGCGUUUACAACAAAGAGUACAAUAUGGAGCUUGAGCCUAUAGAGAAAUCGAAAAAACCAAGAAAGAAAUAG